AUGCUCGACUUGUCUCAUAAUCAGCUCACAGAAUCAAUUCCUAGCUGCUUGAGUAACAUAAGUCAAGAGGUGACUUCUCAACAAAUGUUUCGCUUACCAGCACUGAAAAGUUUUGCUUUUCAAAGUGUAGCAUUUACGAGUGUAUACACUAUGUUUGAUGCAGUAAGAAUGAAGGUAGAGUUUACAACAAAGAGCUCUUCCCUUAAUUAUGAAGGCGGCCCCCUACUUUACAUGUCUGGAAUUGAUCUUUCUUCAAAUCACUUAAGCGGUGAAGUUCCCAUUGAGCUUGGUAACUUAAGUGAGAUACAGGUACUAAACUUUUCGCAUAACAAGCUCGUUGGAUCAAUUCCAAAGACAUUCUCCAAUCUGCAUGAAAUAGGAUGCAUAGAUCUCUCCUACAACAAGUUGAGUGGAAGAAUUCCUGAUGAGUUACUAGAGCUACAUUCGUUGGCAGUCUUCAGCAUAGCACACAACAAUUUAUCAGGUGCUGUACCCGAGCUUAAAGGUCAGUUCAGUACAUUUGACAAAAGCAGCUAUGAGGGCAAUCCUUUUCUUUGCGGACCACCAUUGCAUAUCAAUUGCACCAGUGCUCAAUUGGAACAUCCGAUUCAAUCAAACGAUGGAAACGAAGAAGAAGGAGAAGAUGGAUUCAUAGAUAUGGGGAUAUUCUACAUAAGCUUUUCAGUGGCUUUUCCAGUUUUUUUCAUUGGGGUCAUCACAACUCUUUGGGUAAAUAGCAGUUGGCGAAAUCGAUGGUUUCACUUUGUAGAGAACCUUGUAUUCUCAUGUUACUAUUUUCUGGUAGACAGAGUUACUGAUAUCUGUAGUAAGCUAAAACCGUGGCUAUUUUUCAAUGACUAUGCAAAUGCUGGCUACUUUUCGAUUACCAAUCCGAAAACUGCUAGCCCAUGCUAUUUUCACUUUGUUCGCACACCAGCCAUAAAUAUGCAACCUAAAAUUGACUGGAAUGUCAUGGUUGUUGGUGUCAAAAGCAAAGUAACGGCCAAGCGCCGAAAGCUCUCCGUUGACUGA